AUGAUCAUACCUCAGGAUGGGACGUCUUUAUCCGCUAUGGACAUUUCUCAAUACGCGAAAGUACCGCACAGGAUCAUUGAGAAUAUACUUAUGAACUGUAUAAAGCUUAACGAUCCCCUUAGAAGAUACGGACAUCGGUCAAAGCAGGCAAGCCUGAUAAUGAAGGUUGAAGAGAUUCAGAGCUUUAUGAAUGGCGCCCAGCUCCUUGACCUAAAGGAUUUACUAACUUCGAAAGGCCCUCUAGAUGAAUUCACGAUGGCCGAGAAAGUCGCCACCGAGCGAUUCAUAAGAGAAGCGGGCUAUGGACUUAGCCUCGCUAAUCAAAGGCAGUACCGUCUUUUCUAG